UUUUCCGGGUUUCCUUCACGUCCCUAACACUAAUAAUAGAGGCCAGUUUUCCAUAAUUCCUCCAGAAGGCAUCCCCUUGACAAGUCAGACCGUCAUUUAUGAUUGCAAUUGUCAAAUCUAAACAUUAAUGGCAGUCAUCAGCGAUUCAAAAAUGAGUCGUAACUUCAACUUUUUUUAGGAUUUCUAAAUUUCUAAUUAUACAUUUUAUAUAUAUGUACACACAGCUUCGUUUAGUACUAGAAUGUCUGACAGCAGUUGGAGCUUUCACAUACCUGAUCCAGGCUGUAAGAGAAGCAAGAUUUUUAGGAUAUAACACAUUUAUGGAAAAUCUGAUGACUGUACCCUCUCGUGUACUUUUCCUGAUAUCGUGCCAAUUAGUGAUGUUAAUGAUACCCUUACGCAUAGCAUGUUUAUCUAGUGUAGAAGAUAUUGCUGCAGUUUUGGUGAUGCUAACGACAGCUCCUUACUUUUUGUUCUUUUGCAGAGGCUUCAAAAUGGUUGGCCCAUUUGUAGUUAUGAUAUAUAAAAUGAUUUUAACAGAUUUACUGUGCUUUGUUACUAUCUAUCUAGUGUUUGUUUUAGGAUUUUCACAAGCAUUUUAUGUGAUUUUUCUAUCACAUUCUGGAGAACCUGAUAAAAACUUCUUCUGUGAUCCCAUACAGAGCAUCAUGGCAAUGUUUGUCAUGUCACUUUCCGAAUUUGGAGAUAUUUAUGAAGAAUUUGACAACACUGAUCAUCCUGCAGUGGCAAAAGUUUUAUUCAUUGUAUAUAUGGCUCUUGUAACAAUAUUGCUUAUUAAUAUGCUAAUUGCUAUGAUGGGGAAGACUUACCAAGAUAUUGCAGAGAGGCGAAAUGAAUGGAUGAGACAGUGGGCAAGAAUAGUUUUAGUUGUAGAGAGAGGAGUACACCCAUCAGAAUGUUUAAGGCAACAAAGAAAAUACACACAAGGAAUGGCUGAUGGUCGAAGAGCCUUGGUUCUAAGGCUUCAACAAACGGACAAAGAAAUGGAAGAAUUACGCUUGUUAGGUAAUCUGAAGACGUCUCACUUAGAAAACAUCAGAAGACAGCAAGCGGGUUCUAAUAUUUUAUCACCGAGAAGCACACCGAGGAAAACCGUAAGCACCACCAGCCUGUGAGAAGACGUGAUGCAAUUAUUAUAUAUAUACAAACAAAUAAAAUUUCUAUUAACAAUGCCAAAAGCAUAUUCGUUAUUACAAGA